UCCUCCUUUCCACUCCAUUUCUCAAUCAACCCAAUUUCUUUAUUUUUCUUCAAUGGCUAAACCUUCAGCUUCUGCAAAUUCAUCUUCUUCUGGUUUCGAGGAUCUCUUGCCCGUGAUGGCCAACAAUCUGGGAGGGGAAGGUCUGAUGGGUGAACUCUGCAAUGGGUUUAACUUGUUGAUGGAUAGAGAAAAAGGGGUGAUCACUUUUGAUAGUCUGAAGAAGAAGUCGGCGUUGUUGGGUUUGCAGGAUUUGAGUGACGAUGAUUUGAGAUCCGUGGUUAAAGAAGGUGAUUUUGAUGGCGAUGGAGUUCUUAACCAGAUGGAGUUUUGUGUUCUCAUGUUUAGGUUAAGCCCUGAGUUGAUGGAAGCCUCUCGUUUUUUGUUGGAAGAAGCUUUCCAGCAUGAAUUCAAGCAGUUUCUUUGAUCUUUUUUUUUUGUAAUGAUAUUGUAGAAUU